AUGAUAUUUAUGCACUCCAUGCCUUUAGAUGCCAGGCACACAUCACUACACAGUAAAAGAAAAGUAAGAUCCCAAAGUGGACAAGUUCAGAACGCUACUGCUCCUCUAUUCCCACAAGAGCCCAGCACUGAAUGGCCGAGUGCUCAAACCAGCAAAAGACGCCUGAUUCCCCUGUCUUUUGCAAAUCGUGCUUAUCAAAAUACUUUCAAUCAGCCGCUGUUUUACAGCAGACAAAAUAACUGGCUUGCAAAGCGAUACAACAAUUUAUGGGGGAGAUACCCUAUAGGCAGUAUCAGUACAUAUCAUCCACCGCUAUUACCUCAAGGUUACAACAUAGUUCAAAAUCCAGGAUCGAGAAAUCGGUUAGCAAAAGCAACGAAACUACGGAAUAACGCUGAUGAAGACACGAAAUUUGUAGAGGGAAGAAUUCAAGAAUAUUACGACCAGAGAAUUAACAGAAACAGGAACAAAUGGAUGUUUAAGCCAAUCGGAGGUACCACCCUGCACCUGAAAGAAAUCUUCUUGGGAAGGUGCUGGGAUUUUAUUGAAAAUAGGGGAAAAGAUCUUGAAAACCCGUCCAAAGUGGAUUGUAACGAGUUAUGGGAAACGUUUUCGAAGAGUUUUGCCUUUAAAGGGCCCUGUGAUGUUACUUCCAAGGAUUAUGCACUCUUCUUCGACUUAUAUGACGAGAAACCGCUGAACGACAAAGUAAGUGCCUUAAUGUGCUUUCAGUCAACUUCUUUCUUUUUAUUUUAUGAUUAAAUGAAAUCACGAAAGUGACGUGGAGGUGCCAAUCUCAUCGUGCACUCACUCUCCAAUGAAUUAGAAAUUAUGUUGACAGACAUAGACAUCGCAGACAUAGUUUCUCAAAAGGCCUACUGAUUCAUUAUCCUUUCGUUUGUUAAACCUGCUUAUUAUUCGUGUGUUUUGCAGGUCAUGUUUUGGUCGGGAACCAGAGAACUAACACAUGCGUACACCAGACUGUACGACAAAUUUACAACCUUAGAGGAUACAUUAGCAGGGUAAGAAUAACCAAAACAUGUUUUCCUGAAUCCAGCUCUCUCUAAACAUUCUGAACGAUUUGUUCAUCCUGAUGCUACUAGAUACUUGCUGAACGGCUUGAGAUGGUGUGGCAGCAAAGAGGAUCCUGGGAUCGACUACAAAGAGUGUCCAUAUGAAUGUAGCAAGCAGAAAGCAUUCUGGGGCCUGGCCGCGGCAAAGGUAAACAUUAUAUGUAAACACUUGAGCAUUGUGGUCUUCCAGUUUUUCUUAAAAGGAUACUCGCAGUUUUACUGAGUUCGUUUGCAUCAUCCAAUGCCUCGAUGCCCCCCUUCCUCUCCCUCCCCUUGUAAAAAUUAGGGAAAAACUUAAAGCUUUCCAAAUUUUGACUCUAUCAAAUUGAUAUUUAGUAACCGAGACUGGUCUUAAAUUAAGUAAAUGGCUUUUAAAUAGUACCUUGCAUAAAUCUAGGUAAAAUUUUUUUUUUCUUCCAACAGCUGGCGAGACGAGCAAGAGGCAUUGUCCACGUCAUGUUAAAUGGUACAAGACAGCACCUCGUGGACAGACAGAUAUUUCCUUCAUUCAUGGACGACAGGUUAGAUAUCUCCUUUGUUUUCUAAUCAUAGAUACUAUUCGCCACAAAAGCCUGUAUUUUAGUCAAUAAAAAAGAAAAAUGAGCGGGGAAAUUGUUCUUACUGGUGUCCGAUGAAUCUAUGGGAAAUCAAAGUAGUGCCAAUUCAGGGUCUGUUGGCAAAUACAAACAUUAUUUAAAUAAACCUUGCUCAUAACUUGGUCAAGCAUAGAGUAUGGAUGCUAUUGGAGAAGGUCAGUAAAACGGAAGUUACUAGUUGAUUUCCACUUCACACAACUAAUUAUACCUAGUAAUAUUAUUUUCACAGUUAUUUAGCAGAGAAUCAGCUGUCAAGUCUUCCAGUACGGGAUGUCAAAGAGUUUAGAAUUCUUGUGGGCCAUACUCUUCAUCACAAAUCUCUGUGAGUAAAUACAAUUUCAGCUGCACUGAAAGAUCGUUCCCAGCCUGCAGUUCAAGCGUUUAAUCAGGGAAGCAAGUUAGCGUUGGAGGCCACCCUGUUUGAUCUUUUGAAAUUUUUAUCUCUCCCUACCUCUGCCUAAAAAAUUAAGCAUUGUGGCACAGCAAGGGUUUACCUCAGUGUAAGAACCUGGGAGAACCUUUGUUUUUUCUUAAUUAUUUUCAUAGGCUCUAUUGUUUUGACUUGUUCGUUCCAUUUGUUCUACGUCACUCUUUACACCACUCUUUUCUUACACUAAAAGGAGGCAAAGUUAUCACGAAAAGAGUACUGAGUGUUCUUAAAAACUACAGCAGGCUCGGGUGUCUCAUUUUCUUAUUCCUACAAACUCUUUUAUUGAGGCACAAGGGUAAACGACACUGAUAACUUAAGUUUCAAUCUAAAUUCCAUUUUGAUUCCCGACAUCCAAACAAACUCUAGGAUACAAACAACUUCAAUUCUUCGAAUAACUAAUGAGUUUCAUGAAUCAUAUUUCCUUACGUGAAAAAUAGAGACACUUUUCAGCUCUACCUCUAUCAUGUGUUGGUAGGCUUGAGUCUUUUUGUUAACCAUUCGGUGGCUGAAUGGUAGCGCUGAAUCGUGCAAUUAAAAGAAAAGAAUCUCUCUCUCAAAGGUGUUAGUCACUUACCUCUUGCGUAAACCGAAUCUGAAAUGUUUCUUUUGUAGGUUACGUUAGAAACGUCUUCCAUACUUAUUUUGUUCUGAAGUCCCUUCUGUUAAACAAACGAAGGUGUUAUAAAUUCCUAACCAGGGUACACUUAAAAUGAUAAUGUGAAAUUAUUUUCUUAUUAUCAUGUGUCGAUCCUGGUGCUUCUAUCAAAGAUUAUUCUUAUCACUCAAUGUUAAUGUCUUGCACUUUCAGGGUGCUUCAACGUUAUGCUGACUUAUUGUGCGGGCGUUGUGUGCAUAAUGCUUUGUGCGCGAUCUGACACGUGUUUUGCAUGAGGAGGCAUGGGUUGAGCGUAGAGGGCGUUGAUUGUCUGUGUUACGUGAAUCGUAUUAAAACAAUCUGAGACUGUAAUUUAUCUCCUUUUCAGAGAAAGGUGCGAUAGCUUGACUAUUUUAGAGUUGCAGAAUCGAGCCAAGGCAAGGGGACUGAAGACAACAUGUUUUGAUAAUCCAUAGUAAGUAAAAAUAUUGCAAAAGGAUACAAUAUCUCCAGCACCGUUCAUGUUGUUUUUCAGUAAAUUUUUAAGAUUAAGCCAGUCCAACGAAAACAUCCAGUUUUACUGGUCCACUUAAAAGAUUAUUAGAUAAUUUUUGCUUCUCUAACAAUGACAAUACCAGAAAAUUAUGGAGAUAUGAUUACCUUCUUUCUUUAAUUUUUCGUUUCCGAUUUUUCUCUUCAGCUUUAUUCGACAUCUUCUGUGCUUAGACAACCCAGGGGAUCCUUUGUGUCUUUUCAAGGUUUAUGACCAAGAUGUGUUGCCGGAGAAAUAAAUUUUUAAGUCGGGAAGUUCGUUGGUGUCUUAUUGUCUUUAACGCACGCCUCAUUGACUCGCAUUUCUACUCGCCUCUACGGGGCUGGAAAAAAUAGCGCGCGACUCGUAAAAUAUCCGCACGUGUUAUGUGUUUAACCAUCAAAUAAAGUACAUGUAUUUAAAAUGUCAUCAUAGACUAGAGGUUUUGUGUUGUGCAAGCAGAAGCCCUACACUUUCCUGUAUUGAUGAUAACAAAUUUAUCACACGACUUGCAUAUGCAUUCUUGAAAGGUGGAGUGUGGCCUAAAUAAAGUAUUUUAUCUCACAUAUGAAGAGGUGUCAAUUGUCAUAUAAAUAAAAUAUAAACAAAAUAAGGG